AUAAAAGUUCAGUCGAUCCAGAAGCUACGAACUGAGCAGAAGUACGAACAAAGAGGCUACACAAUAAGCCGCAGCCUAUACUGUAACGAAGCUUCGAGGAGGAGGACCUCUGCGCAGCUCUUGGACAGUAGUUAUUCCGUUCGAAUGCAGCGGCAUGUACAGUAUAGCAGUGUAGUGUGCACGAUGGACUCGCUUAGUAGUAUCGCGUUUUACAGUAUUCUGUUGUUAAGUUACAAUGCAGUGUACGGUAUCGACACAGACUCGAUAAAUCAAAAUUUGUUGAACAAGAGCCAAAAUGUAAACGAAACAUCAUUGUCAACAGCCGAACGUUUCCGACGCCUAAUACCUUAUGUAACGUACUAUGUAGUCGGUAAUAACGACCAAAACGACGUGCCAUAUCAAUAUCAAUAUCAAAACCCUAAUCCAAAUUCACACACGCCCAGACCUUUGCAGAAAAAUAACUUUUAUUUUCAAAAUGAAAGAAAACCGCAACAAACACAACAGCCCGAUAACCAGUACCAACAUAAUUAUCAGAUAUCAAAUCAACAGAUCCAUCAGACAUCACAUCAACAGAUCCAUCAGAUAUCAAAUCAACAAAUCCAUCAACAACAACAUGCUACGUCUGCAGGAUAUCUGAGAUUUCCAAGUUCUCCAAAAACCAAAAGGCCUAUUGUAAUAACAACGACUGAAAUGCCAUACAGAAUCCACCAAACAGAAUCCUCUUAUAAUUAUUAUUACGAUUACAGUCAAACGAGCCCUAAACCAAUUGUUAUUAAACACAGCAAUCAUCCUGGAUUUUUACCGACAAUACCAUCAGCUUCAAAUUCGUUUCCAGUACAAGAACACCAGCGGUUUUCAGCCAAAGUAAAAAAACAGAGAAGGCCCAAGCCAAAAAGACCAACAACACCCAUCACUACAACCACAACAACAGACAAAUACGGUGCACUCAACGAAUUGUUGAACGGUUAUGAUUUAGGAAAUCGUCUUUCAAACAAAAUUACGGCUGAGAAUAUCGGUUCCAGUAUACAGACUCUGUCGGCUGUGUUACAAUUAUUACAGAAUGAGGCGGACGAACAACAGGCACGACCACUGCGACCGAAGAAACCUAAGCCAGAACCACGUCCAGAUCCAAUUGACGAAUAUGAUACUGGUGACGUGGGGAAUCCAGGAAGACCGGGCGUGGAUUAUCCGACGCUCUCAGUUAUACCUAAGACUAGCUUCGAUUGCAAAACGCAAAGAUACAAGGGGUUCUUCGGAGAUCCUGAAACGCUGUGCCAAGUGUGGCAUUACUGUGACUUAAAUGGUGGCCAAGCAUCAUUUUUAUGCCCUAAUGGAACUAUAUUCAAUCAAGUUUCACUGACAUGUGAUUGGUGGUUUAACGUAAAAUGUGAUACCACUGCUCAACUAUACGUACUCAAUGAACGCUUAUACAAAUAUAUAAUACCAUCUAAACCUAGUUUUCCAGAAGAUUAUGAAGGACCAUUGGUAGAUAGAUAUUUAGAAGACAAAUUUAAAGAAACCGAAAAAAAAAGAGGCCAACAAAAAGCACCAAUGCCACCAAUAAUAAAUGUCACAACAGUUGAACCAGAAUCAGUUGGAACACCAUACCAACAAUUACUUGAUGUAGAUGUAUAAAUUUUAAUAGGAGCUACUUUGGUCUAUAUUAAUAAUUUGUGAGGAAAAUUGAUAACAAAUAAUAGAAUUAAAAUUAAUAAUAUAUAAGUGUAAAUAGAAUAAUAUUUUUUUUAUAAAAAAAAAAAUAAAACUGACUUAGUUUUCAAAACUACUGGUGGGCCUAAAAAUGUGCCAUUUUUAAUAUAAUGCCACCAUUAUAUUUUAUUUAGUAAUAUAUUAUGUUUUAAAGAGCUCAAAUUAAAAUACUGUUGAUAAUUAAAAACAAUUAGGUUAUUUAAUUUUUCUUUAGUAAAAAAUUAAAACCCAAUUUAAACAUAUUAAACGUGGAUAGGCUUUGUUUCAUAAUUUAUAACUAUUAUGUUAACGAAAAAUGUCAAUUUUUUUUUUAAUUAGUCGGAAAUGAAAUCACAUUUCUAAUUAAAAUGUAAUUAAAUAAUAAGUUUUAUUAGCCUUUAAUAUAUUAGACAUAUAUUAAUAUUAAAAAAGCUUUAUAUUUUGUGCCAAAAUGAAUUUGAUGGUAUACUUGUAUACUUGUAUAUUUAUUUGUUAGUAUAAUUUAUAUUAAAAUCUAUAAUUUAUAGAACAUAAAAUAAAAUUUUACUUGAAAAUAUGUGCAAUAAUAGAUUAAAAUUAUAAUUAAGAUGUAAAUAUAUGAUCAUUGAAUAUUUAUUAAGUAAACAAUCCUAUUAUUUAUUGUCAACAUGUAUGGUUUAUUUUUUAAUACUAAUUUUUAAGAUAUCUUAUUUAAAUAACCAAAAUGUAAUAUUGUCAAUACAUGCUCUACUUGAAACAUUAAAUUUGAUAUACAUUUUUUAUUGAAUAAAUACUAUUAUUGUUAAAAAUAUAUUAUUUACAUUAUUUUUGUUAUCAUGAAUAUAUAUUGAAAUAAACUUAAGUCUUAUACUAAUACACGGAACAUAGCAGUAGUUCUGGUGACCAACAGUGAUUAUAUUUAAUAUGUUAUUCCAUACUCCUGUACAGAUACAAAGGACAAACUAGGUUGCGUAUAGAGUACAGAUAUAUUGUAUUAUUUAUUAAUAUACCUUUUACACAAAUCAA